GUUUGCGAUAUUGAGGCGUUGAGGCCAAUAUCCGGUUGAUUCGAUUCAAGUGCCAAAAAUAAUUCAAUAAAUUUUGUUGAACUCUUCCCCCGUGUUUGUCCGCUCGUGUGUGGUGUUUUAAACACAAUUUGGCCAAAGUGCUGAGCGUGUUCGUGUUUCCCACUUAACAUUACGCUCUUCCGUAUCCUGUCUGAGAGUGCCAGUGGGGUAGGGAGUGUUGCCGACGUUCGCGCGUGUGUCUGUUUUAAACACGGAAAACACUUUUACGCAGAUAAGGACAGGAGGACUGGAGGACUGGAGGACAGGACAGCAUCGCAUCGAGUGCAGAGAUCUGUGCAAAAUGCAGAAACAAGCAACGAGCAGCAGGCCAUGCGUGGAAAUAAAUUAAUCUUUUAUGCUUAAACAAAUCCGUGUUUUUCCGUCGAGCGAGAAACAGCAUUGAACGGAGCACAAUCGUACGGAGUCAGCAGUAUAGCAGGAGGAUAUACGGAUUCCCCGAUGAUAGCCAACCUGGUCAACGUCAUUAGCAGCAUCGCCAUCGAGAUGGACUCGGGCAUGAACACGGACCAGCAUAAGACUCUUGACAUUGACGCGGGGUCGGGACUGAACGUCACGCAGGCUCUCUGGGAGCUGGCCGUGGCAACGGCCACUGGGAUGCCGCCCCUCAUCGAGGGCCUUGACAAUGGAAGCGUGCCGGUGACCGAGACCCCCUAUGUGCCCUACGGCAGGCGGCCGGAGACCUACAUUGUGCCCAUCCUCUUUGCCCUGAUCUUUGUGGUCGGCGUCCUGGGCAAUGGGACACUGAUUGUGGUCUUCCUUAGCGUGCGGCAGAUGCGGAAUGUUCCAAACACCUAUAUACUUUCGCUGGCCCUGGCGGAUCUGUUGGUCAUCAUCACCACAGUGCCACUGGCAUCCACCAUCUACACCGUGGAGUACUGGCCUUAUGGCAGCUUCUUGUGCAGUCUGUCGGAGUUCAUGAAGGAUGUAUCGAUUGGGGUGUCGGUGUUCACACUGACAGCCCUCUCGGGCGAUCGGUACUUUGCCAUUGUCGAUCCAUUGCGAAAGUUUCAUGCUCAUGGAGGCGGUCGCCGGGCCACACGCAUGACCUUGGCCAUAGCGGUUUCCAUUUGGCUGUUGGCCAUCAUCUGCGGUCUCCCAGCCCUCAUCGGAAGCAAUCUCAAGGCACGUUUUGCUCUAAUAAUCCGAAAACUAGUCGUUAAACUAAUUUCAUUCUUGCCACUCUUGCAGUAUCUUGGCAUCAACCAGGAAAAGUCGAUUGUCAUCUGUUAUCCGUAUCCGGAUGCUUGGGGCGCUAACUACGCCAAGACAAUGGUCCUGUUGCACUUCCUGGUCUACUAUGCCAUACCAUUGGUGAUUAUAGCGGUUUUCUAUGUGUUGAUUGCCCUCCACUUGAUGUACACGGCGAGUGUUCCUGGCGAGAUGCAAGGAGCUGUCAGACAGGUUCGAGCGCGUCGCAAAGUCGCUGUGACUGUGCUGGCAUUCGUUGUCAUCUUUGGCAUUUGCUUUCUGCCGUACCACGUCUUCUUCCUCUGGUUCUACUACUGGCCCACUGCCCAGGAGGAUUACAAUGCAUUCUGGCAUGUCCUGCGCAUCGCCGCUUACUGCAUGUCCUUCGCCAACAGCUGUGCCAACCCGGUGGCCCUCUACUUCGUGAGCGGCGCCUUUCGCAAGCAUUUCAAUAGAUAUCUGUUUUGUCGCGGCGCGAACGGACGCCGCAAGAAGCGGAACCAAGCGAACGACACCUUCUGCAUGCACCGGGACACCUCGCUGACCAGCACCGCUUCGAAGCGCUAUCAGUCGCGACAUUCCUGCUAUCAGAGCACCAUCCGCAGCUCCCGACUGCAGGAGACAACGAUAGCCAUGCUGCCAAAUGGGCCCCAGGGCCAGAAUGGCGCCCCAAUUUCAGCCGUAGACCUAGCCGCUUGCCAGAAUGAGGCGACGCGGGGCAACGAUUGUUUGCCACUGAACGAGUACGGCCCGCGGACCAGGCCGCCACUAAGGCAGCAGCAGUCUCUAUUGAAUUAAGACGGCAGCCCAAAGCUGCCCCAAAAAAACUAGUCUUUAAGGGAGUUUACAGGAAGGCAAGUCAGGCAGGAUCCUCCGAAUCACCCGACUUGCGGAGGAACAAAAUAAGCUAACCAAAAAUUAGAAAAUACACAUUUAAGCUGAGAUUAAUUUUGCUUUAAAUUCUGUUCUAUUUUUUAUAGCGCACUCUCAUUAAAGUAUAUGUACGCUAGGCUCCCAAACUGUUUCCAAGCCACAAAAAACUUUAUUGAUCCCAAAACGUUUUAAUGGAAAACUUGCACUUAAACAAAGUUGGUGACCCCCCCCCCCCC